GUGCGGUAGGAAGCGUUAAAUGUGCGUGGAAAAUGUCGAAUCCGGGCGGUAGUAGGAGGAACGGGGCCAUGAAGAUUCGUUUGACGAUUUUAUGUGCCCGUAAUCUUGCCAGGAAAGAUUUGUUCCGCCUACCAGAUCCGUUUGCAAAAAUCACAGUAGAUGGUUCUGGCCAGUGUCAUAGCACAGACACAUGCAAGGCAACACUGGACCCAAAGUGGAACCAGCACUAUGACCUAUAUAUUGGAAAAAGUGAUGGCAUUACCAUAUCAGUUUGGAACCAUAAAAAAAUUCAUAAAAAGAAAGGUGGGGGAUUUUUAGGAUGUGUACGGAUAUUGUCCAAUACAAUUCAAAGACUUAAGGAUACAGGAUAUCAACGAUUAGACCUUUGCAAAGCACACUCGGAUGACACUGACGCUGUUAAAGGACAAAUUGUUGUAUCUCUGUUAUCACGGGAUGGUCACAAUGGUGCUGUGAGCAAUACAGUGGGUCAUAAUGCUGUAGUGGAUGUUCUCGGAGAUCUCAGUUGUCCAACUGAUUUGCCAGAUGGAUGGGAAGAAAGAAGAACUCAGAGUGGACGUCUGUAUUAUGUUAAUCAUUAUACUAGAACCACGCAGUGGAUUCGCCCAAAUACUCGGCCUAACAAUGGAAUUAUACCAACUACACCAGAGCCACCACCACUUCCUUUCUCUGAAUCUACAUCCCCCAGCGGUAGCGGGAGUCCUCCUAAUUUAGCAACCGAAAGUCCUACAAGAUGUACACCCGAAUGGAACGGAGAAGGAACACCUAGUAGGACACCUAGCAGAGACAGUUCUGCUUCAAAUACACCAAGGACUACACCAACUCAACAGCAAAAUAGAAAUCAACAAAAUCAACAUAAUACAAGAAAUGCGACACCGGCAUCGUCGAGGGAACGACGACCAGUAAGAGCAACUGAUGAACAAAAUGGCAAUCAAAGCGGAAAUGUUAGACCAGAUCGUGGUACCAAUAACAAUCAACCGCGAAGACCUAAUCGAAGUAAUAGAAAUAGAAACAGUAUGACACCUAACAAUGAGAGGAGGUAUGAUCCUCCGCAACCACCAGAUUUACCUAGAGGUUACGAAAUGAGGAAAACUCAGCAAGGUCAAGUGUAUUUUUAUCAUGUACCAACUGGUUCAUCUACAUGGCAUGAUCCUAGAAUACCUCGAGAUUUACCAGCAAAUGAAUUGGCAAGUGAACUCGGACCAUUGCCUAGUGGGUGGGAAAUGCGACAAACGCAGAGUGGUCGUGUUUACUUUGUGGAUCAUAAUAACAGAACCACUCAAUUUACUGAUCCUAGACUAUCCAGUCAAAUUAUAAGUAAUCUAUUAAACAGACGACAAAAUAAUAGUACACCUAAUCAAACAAGUAGCGCAAAUAAUUCAACUACAACUGCAAAUGAAACUGCAGAAGCAGACACACCAGCAUCGCCAAGUAUUCAAUGCAAUAUAGUUCAACAAAGGCCAAGAACAGAAAAUGGAAGUAACAAUAAUUCACCAACAUUGGAGAAUACAUCAAGUCAAAAUGCGCAGACUGUAUCGGAAUUGCCAAAGGAACUAAUGGAUAAUGAACUUUUGCCAAAAUAUAAACGAGAUCUCGUGGCAAAAUUGAAAUGUUUGAGAGCAGAAUUAAAUGCCGUUCAGCCUCAGAGUGGCCAUUGUAGGCUCGAAGUGUCAAGAAAUGAAAUAUUUGAGGAGUCAUACAGAUUAAUAAUGAAAAUGCGACCGAAAGAUAUGCGAAAAAGACUUAUGGUAAAAUUCCGCGGUGAGGAAGGUCUCGAUUAUGGUGGGGUAGCACGAGAGUGGUUAUAUUUAUUAUCCCAUGAAAUGUUAAAUCCACAAUACGGACUAUUUCAAUACUCAAGAGAUGACAAUUAUACGCUUCAAAUCAAUCCCGAUUCAGGAAUAAAUCCGGAACAUUUAUCGUACUUCCAUUUUGCUGGCAGGAUAAUAGGAAUUGCUGUUUUUCAUGGUCAUCAUAUCGAUGGUGGAUUUACAACUCCAUUUUAUAAAAUGUUGCUUAAUAAAGUUAUCAGUCUGACUGACAUAGAAGGAGUCGAUCCAGAAUUACAUAGAAGUCUUACAUGGAUGUUAGAAAAUAGUAUCGAUGGAGUGUUGGAUGCUACAUUUUCGGUGGAACAUAGUAGUUUCGGUGUAUUGAAAAAUCACGAAUUAAAACCAGGUGGUAAAGACAUUCCUGUAACUGAAGAAAAUAAAAGGGAAUAUGUCCGUUUAUACGUAAACUAUCGCUUCAUGCGAGGAAUCGAGCAACAGUUUCUGGCAUUACAAAAGGGAUUCCACGAGCUAAUUUCACCGCAAUUGUUGAGACCAUUCGAUGAAAGAGAAUUAGAACUGGUUAUUGGCGGUUUAGGGACUAUUGAUAUUAAUGACUGGAAAUUGCACACACGAUUGAAACAUUGUACGCCCGACACACCCGUGGUAAAAUGGUUUUGGCAGAUAGUGGAGUCUUAUGGAGAAGAAAUGAGAGCUCGGUUGCUUCAGUUUGUUACUGGAAGUUCCAGAGUUCCUUUGCAAGGUUUCAAGGCUUUACAAGGAUCGACAGGAGCUGCGGGUCCGCGUCUGUUCACAAUUCAUGCCGUUGAUGCGCCUAGUGAAAAUUUGCCAAAAGCGCAUACUUGUUUCAAUAGAAUAGAUAUACCAGAAAGUUAUCCAAGUUAUCAAAAAAUGCUUGAUAAGCUUACACAGGCAGUUGAAGAGACUUGUGGUUUUGCUGUUGAAUAAUAGGUAAAAUACGUAACCUUAAUUUACGUGUAAUAUAUAUUCUGUUUUAUAGGAUCACUAAGACUAUACAUUUUUAUAGCAGGGAAUAUUCGUCGACAGAUUUUACUGUCGUUAAAUUAAAAAUUAAUGUUUGGUGUACCGAGAAGUGUUAUCUGGGCAAAAUUAAGAAAGAAA